CAACCAUUUCAUCCUUUAUAUAUAUUAGUCUACUUGUACACUAUUUUCCUUACCAAAUAUUCUUCCAUACCUCUAUAUGAGUCUACUCUAUAUUAUUCUCUUGUAGAGAAUCCAAAUUCCAAACAUAACAUUUAAAGUGAUUUUUUGUAAGGCAAAACAAAAUGGGGUUCCAACAAUUAGAAAAGACAAAACCAAAACAUAGGAAGGGUUUAUGGUCUCCUGAAGAAGAUCAUAAUCUCAGAAACUAUAUCCUUAAACAUGGUCAUGGAUGCUGGAGUUCUGUCCCUAUUAAAGCAGGCUUGCAAAGGAAUGGAAAGAGUUGCAGAUUAAGGUGGAUUAACUAUCUAAGGCCAGGAUUAAAGAGAGGGAAGUUCAGCAAACAGGAGGAGGAGACAAUCCUAACCCUUCAUCACAUCUUAGGCAACAAGUGGUCACAAAUAGCACAACAUUUACCAGGAAGGACAGACAAUGAGAUAAAAAAUUAUUGGCAUUCAUAUUUGAAAAAGAAAGUGGCCAAAGCUAUGGAAAUAGAAUCUCAUAAACAAAUUCAUCACCAUGCUAGCUCAAGCUCAGAUACAUUGAACUCUUCACUCUCUCUUCAAAACCAUGCAACUCAAGAUCCACAAAAUUACAACAUAGCCAAAGAGAUUCAUCAAAGUUCCUUACCAAAACUCUUGUUUGCUGAAUGGCUUUCACUUGAUCAAGUAAAUGGUAGGAACUCUACAAAUUCACUUGACUCUUUGGUCAUGAAAAAUGGAUUUGAUCAAAAUUCAGCUUUUCAAGAAAGUGCAAUGCAAGAGGGACCCUUUAAUGGAGAGUAUCAUCAUAGUAAUGUGAUGUUCAAUUCACAUGUUAAAUUUCCAAAUCAAAUGGUGGAAAAUGGGUUUGUCCAUUGUAUACCUGAGGUUGAUUUAAGUAAUAAUUUCAAUCUAAGCAAUGAUGCAAUGUAUGCAUGAGAAAUAUAAAACUAUGCUUCCAUGAUAAAAUGUAUUUACUAUACUCCUCCUAUCCUACCAAAUUCAAAUGAUUUCAAUAGGAUAUAUACUAUUAAAUUAUUUGUUAUUUUGUUCGAGUUGCUUUGCCCACAUAUGUAGUUUUUGGAUUGAGAAGUUAACAAACAUCUUGUGGUCUUCAUAUAUGUUUUUGCAAGUCAUAAACAUUUGUGUGAUAACGAAAGUGAAGAUAA